UUGCCCCGCCGCAUCCCAGCAUUCAUUUCGCCGAUCCACGAGCAAAUCCAUCCGCCGAGCCGCGCCGCGCCACGUCGGGAGGAGGAGGAGGUAGGUGAGAGAGACAGAUGGAGAUGGAGAUGGCGACGGAGGCGGCGGCGGCGGCCAUGGACUUCAACGCCCUCUCGCGCCGCGAGCUCCAGGCGCUCUGCAAGCUCAACGGCGUCCGCGCCAACAUGACCAACCUCGCCAUGGUCGAGGCCCUCCAGUCCCUUCCCUCGGUGGACGGGAUCGACCAGAUCGGCACCACGCUCGGCCUCCCGACCCCAGGCAAGUCAGCGAUGAAGUCGGCCCUCAGGGCCACGCCGGCGGCCCGGGAGGACCAGAAGCAGCAGCAGCAGCUAGGGAGCCCGCUCCCGCGCGGCCGCCGCGUCUCGGUCAAGUCGCCCGAGGCCAUCCGGAUGGACGUCGAGGAGGGCGAGGACGAGGCGAAGCGGAAUUUCAUCAAGGAGAUCGUGAGGACCCCCGGCGUCGCGCUGCGCAGCACCAGCCGCCGCCCGCGGGCCACGCCAGCGCCGCUCCCGACCCCCGCGGCCGGCACUCUGCGGAGGAGUCAGAGGUCGACCAGGAAGACUGACAAUGCCGUUGAGGUCGAGGCGUCCACCGCUAAGAGAUCCACUAGGAGGACUGCGAGAUCGAAGGUGAUGUUUGAUUUGGACCACGAAGAGGAGGAUUCGACCGCGCUCAACGAGGAGAAGGUGCAGGAUGCAGAGCCCAAGGGUGUUACUUCUGACGAAAAGUGUGAUGGUCCUGAGGAGGAGGAGGAGGAGGAGCAAGUUACAAAGCUUCCGGAAGAAGGAAACAGCAAAGCGGAUGAACCAGAGCAGGGAGAUGAAGUGGUUUCUUCUGUUGUGCCCAUUGAAUCUGCUGACAAGAGCUGUGAUAAUUCUAAGCUCGAUGAAGUUGUGGAAGAGGCUACCAAGCUCCAGGAAGCUGCAGUUGAGGAAGAACAGAAGCUUGCCAGUGCUGAGAGGUCUGUUCCCUUGCCAGCAAUGGAGGAUUCACCUAUCUUAGGUGUCAUUUCCAAGGCCACACCGGAACCAGAGGAAGCCAUCAACGAAGAUGCUUUCAAUUCCACCGCUGAGGCUGCUGAUGUUCCUAACAAGAUGAUCCCAGCUGCUGUGACAGAAAAGGAAGAGAUCAACAGUGCCAGUGAAGAUAAGAAAGUAGCUGUUGUUGAAGAGGAAGCCAUCAACGAAGAUGUUUUCUAUUCCACCGCUGAGGCUGCUGAUGUCCCUAACAAGAUGAUCCCAGCUGCUGUGACAGAAAAGGAAGUUGCUGGUGAUGAUUUGAAGGAAGAUGCUUUCAAUUCCACCGUUGAGGCUUCUGAUGUUCUUAACGAGAAUAUGACCCCAACUGAUGUGACAGAGAAGGAAAUUGCUGCUGAUGAUUUCCAGGAAGAUGCUUUCAAUUCCACCGUUAAGGCUUCUGAUGCUCUUAACGAGAUGACCCCAGCUGCUGUGAUAGAGAAGGAAGUUGCUGCUACUGAUUUCAAGGAAGAUGCUCUCAAUUCCCCCGUUGAGACUGCUGAUGCUCCUAUCGAGAUGACACCAGCUCCGGUGACAGGGAAGGAUGUUGCUGCUGAUGAUAUUAAGGAAAAUGCUUUCAGUUCAACUGUUGAGACUGCUGAUGCUCCUAACAAGAUGAUUCCAGCUGCUGUUACAGAGAAGGAAGUCGCUGAUGAUGAUUUGCCACAGAGUGAUCUGACAGAAGAUGAGAGUGCUGAGGAACAUGACCUUGACGGAGUGGGCAGCGAGGAGGAUGACCUCAGUGAGUACAGCUGUGAGGAGGAUGACCCCAGUGAGUACAGCUGCGAGGAGGAUGACCCCAGCGAGUACAGCAGCGAGGAGGAGGAUGACCUCACUAAGGAGGAUAUGCAGAAGGUGACCGACUCUGCUGUCGUGAACUUUUAUUCUGAUGAAGAGGAGGACCUCGAGGACGAGGAUAUGCAGAAGGCUAACGACUCCACUGAAGCUAACUUUGAUUCUAAUGAAGAAGAGGAGGAUCUCAAGAUGCCGGAGACAGUUGAAGAACCUAAAGAAAAUGAGGAGAGUGGGGAGGAAGAUGAUUUCAGCGCUGAUCUGUCAUCAGAGUUUGACGAUGUUGAACUCAGUGAUGCUGAAACUGAAAGCCCCAGCUCUCUGGUGGCGGUUGAGGGAAUCCAUGCUGCCCCUGCCUCAUCUGCAGCCAAGACUGUUGACUCUGCCAUCACUAACAUGAGCCUAAGGAAGCUUAAAAGUGCUUUAAAGGAUGGUCUUGAAGCCAAGACUGCUGACUCUGCCAUCACCGAAGAACUUGAAGAAUCCAGCGAGGGCAGUGAGGUUUCUCAGCACGUCGAUACCAUCGUCGAGACACUAGACAAGGUCGCCAUCACUGAGGAGAAGUGCCCAAAGCAAAAUGCCGCCCUCACCAACAUGAGCCUAAGGAAGCUCAAGAGUGCUUUGAAGGAGGGUCUUAUUGCUGCCAAGGAAGGGAAGAAGCUGGUCAUCACCGCCGACGAAGGCAGCAGGGUGGCGCUCGCGGAGCUGGACGACAACGCCGAGUACUGAUCGGCACUAGAGUUCACUGGAAUCAUCAAGCAUCUGCUGGGACUGAAUGAAGGAGAGAUGGCUCUAGUUGUGAAGUGAUAACUAGGCUUUGCCUUUUUUCAUUUCCAAAUGCUGCGGAGGAGUGAAACGCUCAAAAUUUUCGUGUGUGUGUGGGUCGAGAGCAUCGGGUUGUGAAACCAUGGUUUCUCUAAACCAACCUAUACAGUUCGUGUCGGUUCUCUCCCACCCUUGUUUCGUUUUUCUGGUCAUUCGUGUUUGUUCCGUGGUAUGUCGAAUGGAUAUGGAUUAUAUAAUGAAUGAUAUAUACACAUAUAUAUACCGGUUCAUUAUGCUUC